AUUCUCUUUUCGUUAUGUCGACUUUUAUGUCGAUGUCACGCAAGAUAACCUCCGACACGGUUGCAACUUGGCCUUAUGUUUUAUCAUUAUACGAUAUACAUAAAUACCGUACAUCGCAAUAUUGACAGCAGUCUAUAGCUGGCCGAGUGCGAAAUAUUAAUCGAUGAUCGGAAACCAUUAUAGUGGAAAAGGAAGCGACUCGUGAACCGAAACAUGAAAGGACCGAUUUUGCUUCUCUUCACUAUUGUCGCUGCCACAAUGAGCUUCGACAUAAAUUACAUACACAAUAUAAUAUCUAUUACCAAUCUGACCAUGGAAGAGUUUCUGUCAUGCAUCAACAAGACACAUAUAAGAUUUGAGGAUAUAAUGCACGUUGAUGCAAUUAUCGAAGAUAAUCUGGAGAUUGAUUUCGAUGACGUGGCUCUUAAAGUUGGUUGCCUGUUCAACUGCAUAUUCGAAAAGAAGGAAAUAAUGACGGGUGCGCAUAUAAAUGUGAACAAGAUAAAGGAGAUAAUGCGUACCAUAAUUGGUGAGGAAGAACAUAACUUAAAGAUACUUGACCCACAUUUCCAAAUACUGGACACUUGUAGCAAUUGGGUUAAAAGUAUAAUUAACAAGUGCGAAGUAAGUCUCAAAUUUAUGACAUGCGGAGCACAUAAAUCGCAAAGAUAUUAAAUUACAUCAAUUUCUAAAAUAUGGACGACUAUCAAACUAUCAUCCUUGCGAACAAUUAGUUGGUAACCUAAAUCUAUCACGGAAAAGGAAGUGAUUCCUAAAUUAAAAUAUGAAAGGAACGUUCCUGCUCCUCUUCACGCCCAUCAUUGCGGUAAGUAUUUACGUAAGCAAAACGCACACGCAAUUAAAGCCCUUCUAUAUUUAUCGUAAUGUCAAGUCUCUGUAGGCGCAGAGAUCGUCGCAACCAUGAUCAUGAAACUCGAAUCGAAUUCAACCGUUACAAAUAUCAUGUCAAUCACAAGCAUCAAUGUAUAAAGAUCGAUUGAUAUAGAAUAACUGUCAUACAAAAAUAAAGUUACAGGAGGAAGAGACGCAGGGACAACAAUAUGAGGCGACUAAUGUUAUUAUUAAGAAUCACGAACAGUAGUAGUAUUGAUCGCGACAGGAUGCGGGCGAGCUACAUAAUAUUAUUUAAAAAUAAAAUUUUAUCCAAAAUGUUAUUUAAAAAUAAAAUCAAACAUGCAUGUGCAAUCUUGAAAUCGCAGCUAUCGUAUCAGUACACGUGAGUCUCUGAGACUCAUAACGUGUGUUUCAUAUAAUAAGUUCGUCUGUAUUAUAAGAGAUAUACUUUUAUAGAACUUUCUUGCAUCUUAAAUCUGUGUUUGAUAAAAAGAUGAUAAUAAAAAUAAUCAUUCAAAGACAUAUUAAUCCUUCGACUUAACAUGAUGUUCAAAGACAUAUUAAUCCUUCGACUUAACAUGAUGAACCCAAACUAGAACUUGGACUUGAAAAUAGUAACACAUGUAUGCACAUAUGUAAAGAAGUAUGUGUAACUCAGUAAUUGUUUACAAUAUUGUUUUACCAAUAUUUGAUUUAUAAAACCACGUAUUUGUUAAAAAGACUCUUUCAGGCAAUUUUACAGAUAAAAUUAGACGCUAGUGCAUUCAAAUUCUCUUAAUUUCAUUUUUGUCUGACGAUGUAUUCACGCGAGUAGAAACACUAUUUGCCGGGGCUCG